UCCCCCCCGGUUAUAUUCCCGCUCGCCCCAUUUUGAAAAAAUCAAUCACGCUUUCAGAUUUCAGACGACAGCAGAUCAAAAUCUGAAACUCUAUCAGUGUUUCACUGUAAAGGUGGAUUAUCGACACUGUUUUUAUGAGUCGUCUUUUUAAUAUAUCAAUUCGCUUCAUCGAUACGCGAUUGGAAGAGGGGAAAGAUGCGAUCUGUUUUGAAAAAUCGAACCGCCGUCAGCUCCAAUGCUCGUGCUUCAUCCGCCGAGGCUUCAGAGAAUUUUCCGGAGUUAGCAAGUCCUUGUUGUCCAUCUAAUGAAGGUAGCUGCUUCAAAGAGAAUAUCAAUAUAAACAAAUCUGAAAUCCCAAAGCUUACUUUGGAGCCACUACAGAUGAAAAGGAAGAAAAAGGGAGCCGGAUAUAAUUUGCGGAAAAGCCUAGCAUGGGAUCGAGCCUUUUUCACUGAAGAAGGUGUAUUGGAUCCCCUAGAACUCUCUGUCAUUACUGGUGCCUCUUGUAGAGAAGUAUUGCCUUUCACUGAUGAAGAUACUCCUGGUCGUUCCCAGGUCCCUGUUAAACGCAAGGAUGUGCAAAAUCUUAAAAAAAACCUAUUAAAUAAUCUGCAAACUAAAGAUUUUGAUAAAGAUCAGAAGAAGGAUUGGUCAUCACCAAAGUUUGAUUCAUCUUCCUCUAACUUUAUGACAUCAACUUCUCUGACUUCAGACAAAGUUCCAACUGGUCUUGGUAGCAAAUCCAGGCCAGGAUGUGCUGACUGUCCUCGACCUUUACCACCAUCAUCAUUAAAGAGGCCUGCAAAUGUAAAUGUCGGCAAAGCUGCAGGCAAGGAGUUAAAGCUGCCAAAAGUUCCUGGUUUAAAGUCAGACAUUAGCCCAAUUUGUGCAACAACAGAGAGUACUAUACUGAGAGUGAACUGUGCGAAUUACAACCAGAUUACUGAACCAGGUUUUAAUGACCAGAGCAAUGAAGGAUCAAUCAGCUCCUAUAAAAGUCUCAAGAACACCCAAAAUGCAUCAAAAGCUAAUUCAGUGCGUUCAGCCCUUUAUUCGGAUAGAAAUUCAGGCAACUCAUCAUUCAGAAGACAUUCAUCUGUGAGUAUGCAUUCUCUGCUGGUUGACAAAGCCAAUCAUUCAGUUUCAAAGAUGAUUCCAGACCAUAUGACUCCAGUCAGGCUGGUGAAUUCAUCUCAGAGCCAACAUGAGCCGACAACUUCUACAGCUCCUUUUCCUCAGAAUGCUCAUCUUAGUUGUAGGACUAUGCAUACUUCACAGAAUCAAAAUAUGAAACCAUCAGGUUUGAGAAUGCCAUCACCAUCUUUGUCAUUUUUCAGUCAGCCUAAAUCUUCGGUCUUCCGCAACUCGUCAUUGAGAGAUACUGAUUUUUCUAGGGCUCAAAGACCUGGAAGUUUGAUUUUGCUAGACAACUUGAGAAGAACACCCAAGACAGAUAAUAAAGUUCCAGAGAGCACAAUUAGUAAUAGUAAGACCAUAAGCUCGAGAAUGGAAUGUUUAAUGUCAUCUCAUGGCACUGCUGUUGAUUUAAUUAAACCGGAGUUGGAGGGAAAUGAUAUGCAGAAGAUUCAAGAUAUUCAGGAGAAACAUGGAAGCAAAAGAAUUUCUCAUGAGGAAGCAGACAUGCAGAAGAUUGACACUGAAAUGCCCUCACAAAGUGGAAGUUGCGAACAAGUAAUGGAUGGCAAUUUUAUUAAGAAGGCCAUUGAUCAUUAUCCAGGAAAAGGUGAAUCAUGUGGAAGUGGAUGCAGAAAUCCACAAUUAAUUUCAGAAACGAAUUACUCUAUUCUUGAAUCUAAAACAUGUGCAACUGAUGAACCACCUAAAGAAAAAAAGAGAAGCAAUUCCUUGGUCUUGAAUCAUGAUGCUACUAAUGGAACAAAAUGUGAGGAUGCACUUGAUCAUAGGCAGUGGAACUCUUUGACAAUGCCGAGUGAUGGGGAAGAAUCCUCUAAGCCAGAUUGUCAAGAACUUCACGGGGAGCAAACUGACCCCUUCAACUAUUCUCUUUGUGGGAUUGAUAGGAGAACUGAUAAAGAUAAUAAUGUUUUGAAGACAAAGCAAAGAGCCAGUGAUCAACUUGGUGUGUCCCAGCAGAAUGAAAGUUGGUGCAGUAGAAGUGCAAGCACUGAAGCUUUAGAACCCAGUCGAGCCGAGGAUGAAAAUACGUAUUUUAGGUCCAAGCAUCUACCUGCAGAUCUUUUAAAAGAAGCUGCUUUUAUAGAGGUACCAGCUGAUAAUUUACUUGUGGGACUGAACCAUAUUCAGGUUGCUGCAUGUGCUUCAACUAUUGGAAGUUGUAAGAAUGACGUCAAUUUAAUUUCAGAGGUUGAUGAUGACAGUGAACAAUCUGCGGAACAUUUGGUGGUUCAAAAUAUUAGUCUUAAUGUUGAAACGGAGUCACAGAGAAAUGUCGAGAAUACAAGUGAUAGAUUGCUGUGUGAGAAACAAAUAUGUUGUAAGAAGUCCCAGCAAGAAAAGAAUGAUGAUAAGCCUCUACUUGAAGUUCCAGACAGAAAAGAUGAAAACGGAGCGAUGGACACUAAGAUGGCAAGCUCUCUGUCUCCUGGUAAAAUGCAUGAUUCCAACUUCGGUAAAGAGAAAUUGCUUGAACAACCUCUUAUAAGCACAGAGCUCGAUUCUAUGGAUAAUUUAUUCUCAUCUGAAAGCGACAACAAUUUAAUCAAUAUGACUUUCAAUCCGGAUGGCGAACAGAAGGGCAAUGCUAAUGUGUUAACGAACGGUCCUUCUAAUGAAAGCGUAUCUAACAGUCUUCAUGACGAAACCUGGAGAGCGGAGAUUACCUGUUGCAGUUCAUUUCCUGAAAGUGGGAUUCAUGAAGUGUUGCAGAAGAAUACUUUUGGAAAGGUGACAAUGGCUGGGCCAAUUAUACAAGUUGGUUCUGCAAACGAUUGGUUUAGCUCCACAAUGUCAUUCAAGGAAAGCAAAUCUGAUAUUGAUAGCCUCAGAUAUAUACGAGACGCAGCGACUGUGCUGGUGCAGUCACCAGAAAGCAGCACGUUGAACAAAAGCUGCUUUACAAAAUCAGAAAGCAUGGCAUUGCCUAUUGCAGAAUUUGUAAUUGAAAAUACAGUGGGUUCUAAUGACGGAUUGCAAUCUGAGAAUUAUUUGCAGAACGAAACCCUUACUGAUGUGUCCUAUGAAGAUAAUGCAUUGGGGACUAAGGAAGAUUCUGGUACAGGACAAAUGGAAAUAUACUCGAGCACAUCGAGAAGCUCCAGUAUUUCUGCACAGGAAUCAGUUUUAGAACAUGAAAGUUGCAAUACUGCAUAUGGAACUGAGGGUCGAUCACAUGUUGCGGAUGCAAUAACUGAUCCUUCAAAAGUCGAAACUUUUUCUGAUGUCACUAAAAGUGAAGUUUUUGAUGACCCGAAUAGUUCUUCCAAUCGUCUUCACCCUAAGUUGGACCAGGGCAAUGUUAAAGCUGCAUCACCGCCAAACAAUAAAGAUGAGGAUGGUCUUAAGGAGAAAAGUUGCUCACUCAUUCUUCCACAAAAUGCUAUUCCAUUUUCUGAUGAAUGGUUGGCUGCCAUGGAAGCUGCUGGAGUGGAUAUCCUCACCAGGAAGAGUGGGGCAGUGCAAAACUCACCCCCUGAUAAAUCUCUACCGGAGCCAAGCCCAUGGUCACCGGUCAAAAGGAAAAACAAUCAGAUCGGACCAUUUGACUGUACGAAAUUCACCAAUAUUCCUCCCUCUGACUCUAGCUAAAUCACAAGGUUUGCCAGAAAUUCAUUGUUUUAAUUGUAACUCUCGUUACUAAUUCAGAAUCAUUGCAGUAAAGUCGGUUUGCAGUUUUCCUUUUUCACGAAUAAUAAGUCUUUUGUACUCAAUACUUCAAUUGGAUUUGAGAUGUUAUACCCUCUCUGGCAAACGCUUGCACUUGGUUUGCCGCAUUGCUUCAUUCCACUCAGAAACUCAGAAGGUUAGGAAAUUUCUCCUUUGUCAUAUAAUCUUGACACUUGCUGUUGUACAAUUCUGUUAUUUUUGGCUAAGUUCGCGGACAUUUUACCAAAUGUUGUGGAGCUUAAAGCUGUUUAAAUGUCAUCAUCUGCUGCUGCUAUGAUAUGUGGUUAUCUCUUGGUUUUGUUUAGGGAAUUGCUCAUGCCAAGAGCAUUUCUGCUGAUAGAUCAUUUCUUAGUUGUUGAAACUUUUUUUAUCUCAAUGCUAAAAUAAAGAAUGCUUAUGUGCAUACAAGAUGGAUGGAUAAACUCAGUGCUCUGUACAAAGAAAUCAUAAUACAUUGUUUACCCUCUCAUAUGUUAUAUUUUCAGGCAACU